GCGCCGCCGCUGUCGGGACGCGGUUUUCCUAGAGACCGUCGGGCGCGGAGGGAAGAGGAUGUCUCUGGCAGAUGAGCUCCUGGCUGACCUGGAGGAGGCAGCUGAUGAGGAGGAAGGGGGAAGCUAUGGGGAGGAGGAAGAGGAGCCAACGAUCGAAGAUGUGCAGGAGGAAACACAGCUGGAUCUCUCUGGGGACUCAGUCAAGAGCAUUGCCAAGUUGUGGGACAGCAAGAUGUUUGCCGAGAUCAUGAUGAAGAUCGAGGACUACAUCAGUAAGCAAGCCAAGGCUUCAGAAGUGAUGGGACCCGUGGAGGCAGCCCCGGAAUACCGCGUCAUUGUGGACGCCAACAACCUGACUGUGGAGAUCGAGAAUGAGCUGAACAUCAUCCAUAAGUUCAUCCGGGACAAGUACUCGAAGCGAUUCCCCGAACUGGAGUCCCUGGUCCCCAACGCGCUGGAUUACAUCCGCACGGUCAAGGAGCUGGGCAACAGCCUGGACAAGUGCAAGAACAACGAAAACCUGCAGCAGAUCCUGACCAACGCCACCAUCAUGGUCGUCAGCGUCACGGCUUCCACCACCCAGGGGCAGCAGCUGUCCGAGGAGGAGCUCGAGCGGCUGGAGGAGGCCUGUGACAUGGCCCUGGAGCUGAACGCCUCCAAGCACCGCAUCUACGAGUACGUGGAGUCCCGGAUGUCCUUCAUCGCGCCCAACCUCUCCAUCAUCAUCGGGGCGUCCACAGCCGCCAAGAUCAUGGGCGUGGCCGGUGGCCUGACCAACCUGUCCAAGAUGCCCGCCUGCAACAUCAUGCUGCUCGGAGCCCAGCGCAAGACACUGUCGGGCUUCUCGUCCACCUCCGUGCUGCCCCACACGGGCUACAUUUACCACAGUGACAUCGUGCAGUCCCUGCCCCCGGACCUCCGGCGGAAGGCGGCCCGGCUGGUGGCCGCCAAGUGCACGCUGGCAGCCCGCGUGGACAGCUUCCACGAGAGCGCGGAGGGCAAGGUGGGCUACGAGCUGAAGGACGAGAUCGAGCGCAAGUUCGACAAGUGGCAGGAGCCGCCACCCGUGAAGCAGGUGAAGCCACUGCCUGCGCCCCUGGAUGGGCAGCGCAAGAAGCGAGGCGGCCGCCGGUACCGCAAGAUGAAGGAGCGGCUGGGGCUGACGGAGAUCCGGAAGCAGGCCAACCGCAUGAGCUUUGGAGAGAUUGAGGAGGACGCCUACCAGGAGGACCUGGGCUUCAGCCUGGGACACCUGGGCAAGUCGGGCAGCGGGCGUGUGCGGCAGACACAGGUGAACGAAGCCACCAAAGCCAGGAUUUCCAAGACACUGCAGCGGACCCUGCAGAAGCAGAGUGUGGUGUAUGGCGGCAAGUCCACCAUUCGCGACCGCUCCUCGGGGACUGCCUCAAGUGUGGCCUUCACCCCACUCCAGGGCCUGGAGAUUGUGAAUCCACAAGCUGCUGAGAAGAAGGUGGCUGAAGCCAACCAGAAGUAUUUCUCCAGCAUGGCCGAGUUCCUCAAGGUCAAGGGUGAGAAGAGUGGCAUCAUGUCCACCUGAGGGGCCGUGCCCCCCGCAGCUGCCCGCUGAAGGGACUUGGGGCCCUGCCCUUCUGGAGGGAGCAGGGUCCUGUGGGGCUGGAAGGUGUGGCCCAGAGACCUUCCCUACCGUCCACUUGUGCCAGGUCUGGCCACGGAGGCACCCGAAGGGGCCCAGCCUCCAGCGUCAAGACUGCUGCCCCGUUUGGGGUCCGGGCAGUUUCAGCACACUGUCUUUUUUAGCCGGGAGAGGAGAUACUUUUGGAGAAAGUGCAAUUAAAAGCACAUUA